GGAAUCGCACGCGAGUGCCUUGAAUCGUGUCAAGGAUCUAACAAACGUUCAAAUAUUAUAUAUGUGAUAUUAAUGUACGCGCGUUCGCUAGUAUAGCUAGUAAACUAUAUGUCCUACGGGCGGCUAAGUUCGAAUAAUAAUGAGUGCGGUCCGUGAGCAGCGCCAGCCGAAUCCAGUGACAAAGGCCAACUUCCUUUCCAAAUGGUUUUUUAUGUGGACGCGCGAGAUUCUCGUCAAGGGACUGCGACGGAGUCUGGACCCAUCGGAUCUCUACGAAACGGAGCCCAGUCUCGAGAGCACCAAGGUGUCCUCCUUCCUGCUCGGCCACUGGGAGCAGGAGCUCAAGCGGCCCAAGCCCAAUGUCCUGCGCAUGAUAUUCAAGGCCUACGGCUGGAGCUUUGUGCCAGCGAGUAUCGUGUACUCCAUCAUGGCCAUAGCAGUGCACACAACGCAGCCCUUGAUGUUGGGUGGCUUGGUGUCCUUCUUCUCGGAGAGCACUGGGAAGAUCACCAAGCACUCGGCCUAUCUGUACGCCAUGGGUGUGGUGCUCUGCUCCCUCAUCUCCGGACUCUUCUUCCACCCCUUCAUGAAGUACCUGUUCAGAGUGGGCUCUCGCGUCCGACUGGCCUGCGCGGGACUCGUCUACCGGAAGUUUCUCCGGGUCUCGGUGGCGGCGGACAACAGCGGAGUAAGUGGCUAUGCCAUAUCCCUGAUGGCCACUGAUCUGCCCACCUUCAACGAGUCCUUCUACUGCUUCCACGAACUGUGGCGAGGACCUUUGGAGGGCGUGGUCUUCGUCUAUAUCAUAUACCAGCUGAUUGGAUGGCCAGCGGUUGUGGGACUGGGCACCAUCGUGGCCUUCAUCCCACUCCAAGCCUGGGCCGCACGGGCAAUAGCGCGGUACAAAAGGAGUUCGGCGGAUGUGGGAGAUGAACGGGUGAAGCUGAUGAACGAGAUCAUCGCCGCCAUGCAGCUUAUCAAGAUGUACGCGUGGGAGAAGUCCUUCGCCAAGCUGAUAGGCAAAGUGAGAAAGGAGGAAAUGGAGUCCAUUAGGGGGUCCACCUACAUCUACGCAGGACUACAGUGCACAGGCAUGAUCUCCAAGCUCUCACUCUUCCUCUCCCUGGUCACCUAUGUCUUCACGGGCGACAUAGUCACUUCGGAGAAGGUGUUUAUAGUAGCCAGCUAUUAUGAUCACCUGAAUGAAUCCCUGCUCCACUCCUGGCCGCUGGCCAUCAACAUGUGGGUGGAGACCUUUGUGGUGGCCAAUCGCGUGAAGGACUUCCUCUUCCAGCACGAGAAUCCUGCUGAUGGUGGAGUGCACAACUUCAAGGAGGCGGAGGAUAAUCCGGAGCACGGCAACUUCUUCGGACGCAACCACAAGCCCAAGGCCGAAGUUAAAAGCAUUGCGGUCCAUAAAAUUACUGCGAGUUGGGAUCAGAAGAAGCAGGAGAAGCGUCAUCGCCACAUCGAGGAUGUGAGUUUCCAGGCCACGGAUCAGCAGUUUGUGGGAAUCGUGGGAACCGUGGGUGCCGGCAAGAGCACCCUUCUCCAAGUGAUCCUGGGCGAGCUGGAUAUUAUCAGUGGCAGUGUGGACGUCAAUGGGGUCCUCAGCUAUGCUCCACAGGAACCCUGGCUACUCCGGGGUAGUCUGCGGGAGAAUAUCCUCUUUACGGAGCCCUACGAUGAGCAGCGCUAUCUGGAGGUCCUGCGAGUUUGUCAUCUGGACAGGGACGUGGAACAGCUGCCCUUGGGCGAUAGCACCCGAGUGGGUGAAGGUGGUGCCAGUCUGAGUGGCGGUCAAAAGGCACGAGUCAGCCUGGCGCGGGCUGUCUACCGCAAGGCGGAUAUCUACCUCCUGGAUGAUCCACUAUCCGCCGUGGACUCGCAUGUGAGCAAGAUGCUCCUGGAUCGGUGUCUCAACGAGUUCCUGUCCAAGAAGAUCCGCAUCCUGGUCACCCAUCGUGUACAGCUGCUCAGACACGUGGAUCAUUUGGUCCUGCUCGAGGGUGGUCGCAUCUCUGUCCAGGGGCACUAUGAUGCCCUGAAGAAGCUCAUUCGCUUCAGGAUGUCGGUGGCCAACGACGUGGAGGUGGCCAAAUUGCGAGCCAUGCGAACGGAUAGUGUGUACGAGGAGCCCGAGCCGAGGAAAUCUCUGUCCCAGGAGGAGCACCUGGAUCGGCACGAGAUAGAGCAGCAGUUCAAGGAGCAGCAGCAAAUCGGAUCUGUUAAGCUGAACACCUACAGGGAGUACUUCAAGGUGCUGGGACAUCCCUUGGUGGUGGUGCUCAUCCUGCUGAUGUUCGUCGUGGCCCGUUCCUCCGAGGCAACCAUGGAUAUUUUCCUUUCCAAGUGGGCAACUUGGGAGGAAACGGAGCCCAAUCAGCACGAGCCCAUUCCGGAGUACCACAGAACCCGUCUGCGCAUGAUGAUCCUCUACACGUUCCUCAUCCUGUGCACGCUCAUCUUCUACGUGCUGCGUACCUUUGGCUUCUUUAUGAUGACCCUGCGGAUAUCGCUGCGCAUCCACGACCAACUCUUCCAAGGCGUCAUCCGAGCCUUCAUGCACUUCUUCACGCUGGCCACCUCCGGCCGGAUUCUGAAUCGUUUCUCCAGCGACGUCCUGGCCAUCGAUAUCAAUCUGCCGCAGGCUCUGAUGGACUCCAUGGAAUUCGCGGUGAAUGCUCUGGCGGUGCUCGCGGUGGUCAGCACGGCAAAUAUCUGGCUCCUCAUUCCGGCCAUCGUGGUGGUGGCUCUGCUGUACGGCUGUAGGUGCCUCUAUAUAGGAGCUAGCCGGAGUUUGAAGCGCAUAGAAACUAUAUCCCGCAGUCCCAUCUACUCCCACACAAAUGCCACCUUCAAGGGAUUGGCCACCAUUCGUGCUCUGAAUGGCACCAAGUACAUGGAGAGGGACUUCCACUACUACCAGAACGAGAACACCUCCGCCUUGUACCUCCACGUGAGCAUUAACCGGGCCUUCGCCUUCUGGACGGACCUCAUCUGCGUCCUGUACAUCCUGGCGGUGACAUUCAGCUUCCUGCUCUUCGACAAGCACAGAGGAUACUACAGCGGCGAUGUGGGUCUGGCCAUCACGCAGUCCAUGAAUCUGGUGCUGAUGUGCCAGGCGGGAAUGCGGCAAACCGUGGAGCUGGAGAACAUGAUGACCAGCGUGGAGCGGGUGAUGGAGUACGUGAAUAUACCAUCGGAACCUGCCUACGAAACGGAGGAGUCUGUCAAUCUGCCCAAGCACUGGCCCAGUGGAGGACAGCUGGAUUUCAGGGAUCUGCGCCUGCGCUACAGCAGCCACGGACCCUACAUCCUCAAGGGUCUCACCUUCACCAUCCGUGGCGAGGAGAAGAUCGGCAUAGUGGGACACACGGCGGCCGGAAAGUCCUCCAUCGUCCACGCGCUCUUUCGGUUGGCUCACAUCGAUGGACACAUCAGCAUCGAUGGCUUCGAGACAUCCCAGCUGGGCCUGCACGAUCUGAGACGUAGGAUCUCGAUCAUACCGCAGGAUCCGGUGCUCUUCUCGGGAUCUCUCCGCUUCAACCUCGAUCCGUUCGAGGAGAAGACGGACGAGGAACUGUGGCUGGCCCUGGAGGCCGUCAAGCUCAAGGAGUUCGUAUCGAAUCUGAAGGAGGGCAUCAACUGCAGGCUCCACGACUGCGGCGCCAACUUCAGCAUGGGCCAGAGGCAGCUGGUCUGCCUGGCCAGAGCCCUCCUGCGCCAGAACAAAAUACUCAUCAUGGACGAGGCCACAGCCAACGUGGAUCCCGAGACCGACAAUCUCAUCCAGGAGGCGAUCCACACCAAGUUCGCCCACUGCACCGUGCUGACCAUCGCCCACCGGCUGCACACCGUGAUGGACAACGACCGGGUGAUGGUGGUGGACAUGGGCCGGGUGGUGGAGCUGGGGCAUCCGCACGAGCUGCUCCACAACCGGCACGGCUACCUGCAUCGCUUUGUGGAGAAGACGGGCGUGGGAACGGCGCAGCACCUGCGCCACCUGGCGGAGCAGAGCUACCGGAAGAGGGUGCUGGGCAGGAAGUCGGAGGAUCAGGGAUCCGUGCUGGAUAUGGGUUACAAGGGGACGACGCUGUGAAAGACUGCGGUGGGGGAAGGGGGGAAUCAAUUGGUA